UGCCGUCACAACAACACAGACCCUCGGGCUGUGGAUUGGUCUCUGUGCGUCAGAGGCGUCUGUUGGAGCGGGAGGAGCCCCGUUUCCCCCCUCCUCCUCCCCUCCACACGAAGCAGCUGCUCCUGGGUCAGUGUCAUGUUGUCUAUUAAUGAAAGCAGAGCCACGAGCGUCCGGGUGAGGUGAGGAGCGCGAGACACCACAUCAUCAUCAUCCCCAUCACCAUCACUUCUGCUUUUUCAGUCUGACAGAGGGGGAGGAAGAUCCGCUCAUAAUCUGCUGCUUUUACUCGCUUUUUUUCUCCCGACUUUUUAUUUUUUAUUUUUACCCCCUACCUCCCACCUGAGCUGGGGUCUCGGUCAGCUUUCACCCAGCUGGCUGUCGGUCCUUCCCUCAGGGGGGGGCUUUCCUCCUGCAGCUUGUUGGUAAACACGARUCGGAGCCGGGCGGCGGUGAGGAGGACUCCCCCCCACCCUCUCUGCUGCAUUGAUGCACCCGUUUCAGUGGUGUAACGGGUGCUUCUGUGGUCUGGGACUGGUUUACACUAAUAAGACGUGCACCAUGCCGCCCAUCACCUUCCAGGACCUGCCUCUCAACAUCUACAUGGUCAUCUUUGGGACGGGCAUCUUCGUCUUCAUCCUGAGCCUCAUCUUCUGCUGUUAUUUCAUCAGCAAACUACGACACCAAGCACAGAGUGAGCGAUUUGGAUACAGAGAGGUGGUUUUAAAAGGCGAUCCCAAAAAACUGAGUCUUCAUGGGCAGACGUGCGCCGUGUGUCUGGAGGACUUCAAAGUGAAAGACGAGCUGGGGGUGUUGCCAUGCCAACACGCUUUCCACAGGAAGUGUUUGGUAAAGUGGCUGGAGGUGCGCUGCGUUUGCCCCAUGUGCAACAAGCCCAUCGCCGGCCCCCCCGAGCAGCAUCACAGCAUAGGGACUCUGCUGGACGAGCUGGUAUAACCUCCGCCCACCCCGACGCGCCCCGCCCACCCACUCCAGCCCAGGCGGGACGCCCGCGCUCUGCUGCCACUCCAGCUGGUUUAAGUUAGCGACCAAAAAGGACGAGGGACGCGCCGCAGAAACGCAGCCGACCACUCGGAGGAAGCCUCUGAAGGAUGCUGUUGCCUGGCAACAACCUCUGAUGGUAACACAACACCUURACGGUGUCUGAGAGAUUAUCCUCAGCCUCCCACACAUCACUCCACCGCUCUUCUUUCAACGUGCCCCCCCACAACUCGCUCUCCCUCUCUGCACCCGUUCUUCACAUCCUCUGCUGCUGCCAGGAGGUGAGGCGAACGCCGGAGUGGAGGCGGCAGAUCGUCCGUGGACAGAAGCAGCGCUGACGGAUCAGAGCGCUCAGCGACAGGCUUGCAUGUCACGGUGGGCGCAGACGUGUAAUUAUAUCCAUAUCAGCAGAGACUCUUGUGAAACAAAAAAAGGAAAGAAAGAAAAGUAACACCA